AUGCGAUCAAAUAAACGCCCUCGCUCUGCGGGGAAUCAUGGUGUCUUCCGGGUCGUCUCCUUCCCCCCAGCUUCGUCGGACCCCCCGCCAGAACCUUCAUCUGGCGGAAUGCAGGCUGCUCCAGGACUGCCGCUGACGCCCUCUGAGCCCUCGUCGCCUCCCUCCAAAAUCGCCAUCCCCCGCGUGUCGCAGCUUCGGUCCUACGGUAAUCGACGCGUCAAGAGAGCUUGUAUUGAAUGCCGCGAGCAGAAGACGAAAUGUAAUGGAAGCAAUCCCUGCGGUCGCUGUACCAGCAUGGGCAUACAAUGCGUCUAUGUGGAUGGAAAGCGGGAGGUUACAGAGAAACGCCUCCAGGACCUGGAGAGGCAGGUGCAGGCUUACGAUCGACUUUUGAAGGAGCUUCAGCCGCGCGUGGAUAGUCAGGAUAAGGACCUAAUUUCGCGAACGCGAGCUCAGUUUGCCAGUUCAGAACAAGACCAUCCAAGCCCAGAUCAUGCGACGCACUCUUCGACGCACGCUCAAAUGCGCUCGUUCGGAAUCGAGUAUAUCCAAGAAGAUUUCCACAAGGACAAAGGAUUACAAGCCAUUGGGUUCAUGGGAGGCCCGUCGGAGAUGUCAUGGAUCAACGAGCUGUAUCAGGUUCUGGAAAAAGAUACGCCCUUUUUGGACACCGAGGCAUCGAACAAAUCCCAGUCCUUAACAUCAGUCUGUUAUUUCCUUGACGAUGAGGAGUUGGUAUUGGAUUCCAGCAUCGAUCCUUACGGACGACCACCCCGCCAUAUUGCCGAUAAAUUGCUCGACUGCUAUUUCUUUACCGUUCACCCUUCGUUUCCAAUCAUCGCAAAGAUACCCUUUAUGCAGCAGUAUGAAAUGUACUAUACACGAAUAGACAUACAGCCGACGAAGCGUUGGCUCACGAUUCUGAAUUUGGUGUUUGCGCUCGCUUCAAAGUUCGCGCAAUUAGUUUCGAAGCCAUGGGUGGCAGAGGCGGACAGUCCCAUGACCUGUUUUACGAGAGCACGAAAGCUCAACUUCACCGAGAGUCAGCUUCUAGAACACCCGAAUCUACAGCAAGUUCAGGUCGAAGGACUCACCGCAUUCUUCUUGAUGGCAAUUGGCCAUAUCAACCGCUCCUGGAGAGCUUGUGGCGUUUCGGUCCGCUCGGCCAUCGCCCUGGGUGUCAACCUGCGCAGCGAGAGCAAGGAAACAUCCAAUUUAUCCAAAGAAAUUAGAUACCGGGUAUGGUGGUCAAUUUAUACUCUUGAAAACACCCUCUCGAUCAUGACCGGUCGCCCCACAAGUGCGCCGGACAAAUACAGCACCACCCCACUGCCCAUCCCAUUCGAUGAGGAGCAGUUCCGUGAAUCAGUGGCUUCGCGUCUGCUAACGGACUUUAGGGCGCGCGCCGAUUAUAUGCAGGGUCUGACUUCUCAGCGGCGCGUUAGCCCUGGAUGGGAUUCGCCCGCUUUGGGCCAUGCAGUCAUGGGACAGGAGCCGCUACCGACGCCGAUGGAUAUUUCUCCCAGCAACUCAUUUUACUUCUUCUACUUCGUUGACUUGACCGUGAUUAUGCGGCGCGCGAUUGACUCGCUAUAUAGCCCUGGAUUUGCGCGUCGGCCUUGGCUAACCAUCAGCGCAUCUAUCAUGGACUUGGUUCAAGAGUCUGACGAGUGGCUAAACCGGGUCCCGUCUGUAUUCCAGUUCAAGUUUCAUCACCAGUCAGCAGAUUUCGAGCGGCAGCGAUGGAGUUUGGCUUUCCGGUUUUAUAGUUUGCGUAUUACCCUCAGUCGGCCGUCGCUGUGUCGCUCGGAGCGACAACGGCCUCCUAAUGAAGCCUCAGCUCUGAGCCAGCAGCGUAUAGCAAGGAUAUGCAUUGACUCUGCGUGUGAGUUACUAGACCUGCUGCCUGAUAAGCCGGAUGCCCUUUGGCUAGUACAAGUGUCCCCAUGGUGGUGUGUGCUGCAUUAUCUCAUGCAGUCCAUCACCGUGCUGUUGAUCGAAAUGGAGUUUUGUCUUCGGUUCCACGCCGACGGAGCCUCGCAUAUCACCUCACACCUGGAGAAGGGGCUGGAGUGGCUGCAUAGCCUUGGAUCCAUCAGUAUACCAUCGCGCCGGUCGUGGGAGGUCUGCAAUAGCAUCUAUAACCGUCUCUUCUUCGGACCAGGGCCCCGGGCGUUUGCACUGCCGGAUAUACACAUGCUCUCACCUGAACGAGACUCGCGCAGGUCCAGCUUGACUUCGGCUCCUGCGGUUUCUCCAGGCUUUGAAACGACAGAAUUUCCGGAGGGGCCGGCGUUUGGUGAGCCGUAUAUGAAUCUUCCGCAUAACAUGACGGUCCACCCUGCCAUCCAAACGCCGUACGAUGAGAUUCCUCUUUACAAGAACCCGAUGUAG